AUGGACAGCGUGAUCGUGCUAGAGAAGAAGGAUGUCCCGGAACACCUGUUGGAAAUGAACGCCCUUGAUCGUCCCACAUUCUUGAAAAAGGUUUUGGCUGAACUGGAAGAUUUGGGGGAGGUGGGUGUCAAAAUCUCCCACCACUCGACAUCAGCGGAAGUGCCGCAUGUGACUGCCGAGAAACCCCUUGUCUUUGUGAUGGACGAGCCCAAAGAUGAUGCUGAGCCUGAAGAGCAGAAGAAGAAAAAGAAGAGAAAGAGCACCAAGGGUUCCAAGUUUGUCCCCAAUGCCAAGAACUUUGGAUCUAGGAUUUCCAUCAUAAAGUUCAAGUCUUCCCAGAAGGUCUUGUGCGGAUGGCGUUGCAGGACUGAAUCACUUGUGGACGGUGGCAAGAAGAUUGUCCCCAUUCGACCUAUCGCUUGCCUUUCCGGGGGCAUGGAUCUCGAUGACACGGCUACUGUGCGCCUGGUGUGA